UUUUAGACUGUAGUAGGCGCCCAACGAAAGGUGAAAUGCUGAGCGUUACUAUGUCCAUAUUUGAUCCGUUUGGUUUUGCUUGCGGAGUGGUGCUGCGAGCAAAAGUGUUGAUGCAGAGUCUGUGGCACAGGAGCAUAGACUGGCAUGAGCCAAUCCCUGAAGACAUCUAUAAGAAAUGGCUGCAGUGGUACAAAAUGUUAAACAACAUCGAAAAUUUUAAAAUGCCAAGAUGCUAUGGAAUACAAUUUUUGAAUCCGAAUGCCGACAUACAACUACAUGUAUUUGUUGAUGCGAGUGAGAUCGCAUUUGCUGCCGUUGCCUUUUGGCGAAUUCACUACGCAAAUGAUACAGACGUCGUAUUCGCUGUAGGUCGAUCCCGGUGCAGCCCGCUGAAGCCAUUGUCCAUUCCAAGACUGGAGCUACAAUCAGCCGUCUUGGGCAUACGAUUGAAGGAAGCUGUCAUCAACAAUCAUGACGUGCAGCCACAUAAGGUAACAUUCUGGUCAGACUCGAAGAUAGUUCUUCAGUGGAUAAGGUCCGACGCCAGGUGCUACAAGCAGUUCGUAGCGCACCGUAUAGCUGAAAUCCUGCAAUCAUCCGAAGCCAGUGAGUGGAGGUGGGUGCCAGGUAAGGACAACCCAGCCGACGAUGCAACGCGUAUAAAAACCUUUUUUCAAAAUUGUAAGUGGUUAAAUGGUCCACCCUUUUUGAAAUUGCAUGAAAGCAAUUGGCCAGCUAUGCCAAACGAUUAUAAUCAUAACGAAUGCCAAGAAGAGAGACGCUCCAAGCAAAUAUAUUCAGUAGCAUUUGCAGAUAUGCUUAUUCCAUUUAACAAGUAUUCGAAUUAUUAUAAGUUCUUAAGGGUAAUGACAUGGGUACGAUAUGCCAUGAUGAAAUUUCGUAAGGUCCCCGUUGGCGACAAUGCGAAUACAUCGAAACUAAUUACCGCGAAUGGAAUUAAGCAAACUGAAUUGCUGAUAUGCCUGUUGGUGCAACAAGAAGUUUUUUUCGACGAAAUUGAGUCUUUGCGCAAAGGUUCGCCAAUUAAGAAAUCCAGCAGUCUCUUCAAGCUGAGCCCAAUGUUGGACAAUGAGGGCAUUCUGAGAUUGGGGGGCCGGAUAGACUACGCCGAAUGCAUCCCUAUGUCGACGAAGCGGCCACUUAUAUUGCCAAGGGGUCAUCCAAUAUCGCGACUCAUAGCCAAGCACUAUCACGAACUUUUCCAUCACCAAAAUUUUGAAGCAGCAAUGUGCGCCAUACGUCGGAAGUUUUGGAUUCCGAGUGCGCGCCGAUUAUUGAGGUCAAUUAAAGCCGAAUGCCAAAUAUGCAAAAAUUUAUCCGCUGUUCCCGAAACGCCACUUAUGGGCCAAAUACCCUGCGACCGAAUCACGCCGUUCGUGCGCCCGUUCACAUAUUCGGGUGUUGACUACUUCGGGCCUGUGCUAGUAGCCAUAGGCCGUCGUCAAGAAAAACGUUGGGUUGCACUUUUCACGUGCCUAACUAUUAGGGCCAUUCAUUUGGAAGUAGCUAGGGACUUGUCAACAGAUGCUGCCAUUAUUGUCUGCCGCAACUUCAUAAACCGGAGAGGAGUACCGGUGCGGCUCAGAAGCGAUAUGGGAACUAAUUUCGUCGGCGCAAGCAAAGAAGAUUGGGUAAGCGUUCAAAGUGGUAUGCAAUCGGAGUGUGAUCGUCGAGGUGUAGAUUGGGUCUUCAAUGCGCCUGCCAACCCAUCUGCUGGUGGCGUAUGGGAAAGAAUGGUCAGAAGCGUAAAACGAGUUUUGAUGUUCACACUUAAGGAGCGAGCGCCACAGUUGGAGACGUUACACAGUCUCCUGAUUGAAGCAGAAAAUUUGAUAAAUUCGCGCCCAUUAACACACGUUCCGAUAGAAAGUACAGACGCCGAACCUCUGACGCCCAAUCACCUUUUGUUAGGCUGCGCGAAUGAAGUUCAAACUCCGGCGGUGUCAGAGAAAAUAUGUUUACGAAAGCAGUGGCAUAUAGUGCAGCAACUGAAACAGACCUUUUGGAAGAGGUGGAUACUCGAGUAUCUCCCCACCCUAACCCGGCGUACGAAAUGGUUUAGGAGGGUGAAGCCUAUAGUUGUAGGCGACGUCGUUAGAGUGUGCGACGACAACGAGAGCCGAGGUCAUUGGAAACGGGGUAUCGUAACAGAAGCAAAACGAGCCGCAGAUGGUCAGGUCAGAUCUGUUUUAGUCAAGACGUCAACAGGUAUUCUGCGGAGACCAGCGUCCAAAAUUGCGGUACUUGACGUUCGUAGUGAUUCUCUCACCAGUGAUGCGAAUCACGGGCGAGAGGAUGUUACUGAUUAA